AUGUCGACCGGUGAUCCAUAUGCAUUUAUUGAAUUUACUGAACAUCAAGCAGCAGCACAUGCUCUACUUGCUAUGAAUAAACGAUUAGUUAUGGGUAAAGAAAUCAAAGUAAAUUGGGCAACAACAUCAGCAAGUUCAAAUAUAAAAGUUGAUACAAGUAAACACCAUCACAUAUUCGUUGGUGAUAUAGCACCUGAAAUUGAUCAAAAUGCAUUACAUGAAGCUUUUGCACCAUUUGGAGAAAUUUCAGAAAUAAAAAUUGCUAAAUUUCCUGAUACACAAAAAUCGAAGGGUUAUUGUUUUAUUGCUUUUGCUAAUCAACAUGAUGCUGAAACAGCCAUUGCUAGUAUGAAUGGUCAAUGGCUUGGUACACGAAAGAUACGUACAAAUUGGGCCACGAGAAAAGUACCAACUAAUGAAACUGCCAGUAAUACACGAUAUCGAGAUCCAAAUAGUUCUCAAUCGGUUCAAGAAUCUUCCACACCUAAACUUAAUUAUAAUGAAGUAUGGAAUCGAACAGGAGAGACAAAUUCAACGGUUUAUUUUGGUGGUUGUGGUGAUAUUAAUGAAGAUGUAGUUCGUUCAAUUUUUUCAUCAUUUGGUCAUAUACAAGAAAUACGUAUAUUUAAAGAAAAAGGAUAUGCUUUUAUUCGAUUCUCUUCAAAAGAAAGUGCUUGUCAAGCAAUAUGUCAUUUACAUGGUUCAGAAAUUCAAGGUUAUACAACUAAAUGUGGUUGGGGACGUGAUGAAUCAAUAAAUGAUCGAAAUAAUGCACCAAACUAUGGCAAUAGUAAUACGAACAAGCAAAGUUAUAAUAAGAAUCAAUAUGAUUCUUAUUCACAAAAUUCAUAUGGUCCACCAUCUAAUACCAAUUAUAUGAAUAAUGACAGAAGUGGUUACAAUAAUUACGGUGGUUCAUAUCAACAAUCAAACUAUCUUCAACAACAGUAUUCUAAUUCUCAACAAUGGAAUAAUAAUAAUAAUAUCAAUGGUCUACAAUCGAAUUCAAUGCGUGAUUCCUAUUCACAAUCUACGAAUGACGGUACUGGAUGGAAUAAUAAUAGCAGCUAUUAUCAUGGACCUAAUGCUAAUCAAUAUAAUAAUAACUCACAACAAUCUCAUAUGUAUUCUUCAAAUACGGGUUGGGGUCCAUCACGACGUUAA